UUGAUCUGAAUGAGAUCUUUUAAUUUUACAGUAAUUUCUGGAUUGGUGGUAUCGUUCGAUUUUCCAUAUGUGUUUUGACAGACACGGUAAUUUUCUUCAAUGGAUUUAAUCAAGACAUGGAAAUAUUAUUUACUCAUAAAAACAUUUACCAACACCUUACUAUAAUAUUGGUAUUAUUUAUUAUCAAAGGAAAGGCACAGAGACAACAAUUGAUACCAAGUUUUAUUCCUGACAAAACCAAUCAUGUAGUAGUCAACAGAGGAGAUACAGCCAUACUUAAAUGCAAGAUCCGAAAUUUAGGCCCAAAAGCACCAGUUUGGCGAAAAGUUUCAGAAUUUUUCCCAUUAUCAGUUGGCAAAAUGAUGUAUGCUCCAAAUGAAGAGAUGAGUAUCGACUAUCAUGAAGAUGAUCCAAUAACAACAAGUAUUAACUUGAUUAUAAAGCAAGCAAAGCCGUCUCAUUCUGGAACUUAUGAAUGUCAAAUAAGUGCUGCCGAAGUCUACACAUAUCAUGUCAAUUUGACUGUCCUUAGACACCCAAUACCUGUGCAACCUUCCAUAAGACUAACAGGAACAAAGUACCUCAAUGCCUAUCAAAGAUUGAAUCUUACUUGUAAUGCGACUGGAACUUUACGUGCCCCUGAGGCGAUCGAUUGGUUUUUUGAUGGCAAUCUUAUAGAUGAAAAGAAAAAGAAAUGGCGGAACAGGGUAGUCGUUUCAAACUUUAUACCGGAAGAUUCAGGGAGAUCCUUUAUUAGCCAGUUAACGGUAGAAAGGGUUCAGUUUGAGGAUGCUGGGAUAUAUGUUUGCAGAAGCUCAGCUCCAAGUAUAAAUACUGAUGUUGAAACAACGAGCAUCAACAUUCAUGUUCUUGGUGGAGAUAACAUCACAAAGAUCAAAAGAGAAGGCGAUAAUACUCAAAAUGAUCCUCAACAGCAAUCAGAAUCGAAAGCUUCAACACGACUCAGUAGCGGGUUUUACUUAAUACUAAUGCUUAUAUUUUCUAAAACCCUGAGAUGACCAAAGGGUCAGUGAUACACUUGUUGGUCGUAACGUGCCUUAUUACAAAAAUGGCAAAAAAGUAAAAGUUAACAUCUUUAAAGAAAAGACUGAAAGACUUCAGUCAUCGGAUACGAAAGACAGCGUGUUUAAAAUAUCUUCCCUUUAUACAGUCUAGAAGGGGAACGAUAAAUGUAUUUCUCAUUUUCCAGUCAAUUGAUUUAACAUUUUUCGUGUAUUCAGGUUGAAGGAACCAACAUAUCAAAUAACAUGCUGAACACUAGAAAAUAAUAAAGCGCCAAUCAUUCAUUUGUAUAUGUUGUCAGCCAAUCCGAGCUGUUCCUGCACGGAUUGACAGACUAAAUAAGCGUUCAAUUAACAACGAUAACGAGAUUAUGUGGAAGCAGUGGACACAUGUUAUUUAAAUGUAUAUAUGUUAUUUGAUAUCUAGUCAUUUGAUUGUCUUUUUUCUGUAUAUCCAAAAGAUCUUUUCAUUUUGUGCAUAAAGUGUUUGUUAUCCUAACAUACAAAUAUAAGCAUAAACGAGCUGCGAAAUAAAACUCGAGGAUAUCUUCCUAUGUAAAUGGAAUGUCAGAAAGUAAAUGCUCAUUUGUCUUAUAAUAUUUAAAAUGUUCUACAAUGUUGUUUCAGAACAAGUUCUAUUUCAUCCAUUAAUUCUACUGAAUUAAGACAAUCUUCUUUUAAAACCAUAAAAACUUAACUUCUGCCACUAAAUAUUAUUAGAACUACUCGCAUCGGGUUUUACAUUUCAAUUUAAUUUGUAAAAACAAAUGUGCCAUAUACAUACUAUUUUGAGUCAUUGACUGUAAUAAAGAGUCAAUAUAUAUGUUAUUGUUUCAUGGUCGUUAAUCAUACAUGUAAUGUCCUAAUUCAUUUUGUGCAAUUCAUAUACUGUUAAUUAAAAAAAUAAAAAGUGAUUAUAUAA